AUGUUAAAGAAAAGAUUUCUCUUUAUUUUUGAUUUUGACAAUACUAUUGUUGAUGAUAACACAGAUACUUACAUUUGGAAAUUGCUCCCAGAAGGUCAUAAAAGCUUGCCUCCCUAAUUUGAGAAAGAGAAGCAUUGGAAUAAGUUUAUGAGAAAAGUCUUACAAUUUUAUUAUCAUAACGACAUUAGUGUUUAAUAGAUUAAAACUUGUUUAUAAGGUAUGGAAUUAACUUAAGGUUUCGAUGAAUUGUUAAAUUUCAUUAGGUAUAUAUGUAUUAAUAUUUUCAUUAGAAAAAAUAAAGAAUAAAUUGAAUGUAUAAUUGCUAGUGAUUCAAAUACAUUUUUUAUUGAUUCUAUUUUAGAAAAACAAGAUAUUAAAGAUGUCUUUGAUAAAAUUUAUACAAAUCCAGUAUAAAUUAUUGAUGAAAUGGAAAUAUCAAUUUUCCCAUAUCAUAAAAAUGAAUGUGAAUCAACUUGUCCUAGAAAUAUGUGCAAAAGAACUAUUAUUUUAGAUAAUUAUUAAUUAAAUAAUUAUGAGAAAGUGUGUUAUUUUGGAGAUGGCAAGAAUGAUUAUUGUCCAGGAACUAUAUUAAGAAAAGAGGAUAUAAUAUUUGUUAGGAAAGGAUAUGGUUUAGAAAAAUUGAUCAAUUAAAAGGACUUAGAAUGUGAGAAAGUUUAUUUUGAAUCAGGAAUAGAUUGUAUCAACAGAUUGAAGAAUCUAUUAUUAUGA